AUGAAUGUAAAUAUCAGUCAGUUGGACGACACUGUUAGUAAACACGAGAGUGGUAUAGAGACGAAAGGCGAUAUAAUAAUUAGUACAAAAAAAGAAAGAGCGAGUAAUACAUUCAUAGAAAACAAUUCAUCAAACGAAAUAAGACAAAAUUUAACCCUUCGUUACCUGCUAUUUUCUUUAAAUUCGAAUAAUAACAAAAUAAAUAAUCCUGUAGAAACGAAAUUACAUGAAUUUCGUAAACUACAUGAACAGCAAGGAAUGCAAAAACUGCACGAAUUGCAUGAAUUACGAUACAAUAAUAAAUGCGGCAAAAGAGAAAAAUGCCUAUUCCUUAAAAGUUAUAAUAUAUAUUAUGAUCAAAAAAUAUACAGUAAGAAUAUACAAAACAAUAAUCGGAAAAAUGGUCUCUACAUAAUAAAAGGGGGUCAACAAAAAGGAAUGGAAGAGCAGCAAAAAAAAAUACUACAACAAAAGAGGAAUCCAGUACAACAAAAAAGAAUAGAAUUGCAACAAAAGAGGAAUCCAGUACAACAAAAAAGAAUAGAAUUGCAACAAAAGAGGAAUCCAGUACAACAAAAAAGAAUAGAAUUGCAACACAAAAGGUAUCAAGUACAACUAAAAAGAAAUCAAGCACAAAUAAAAAAUAAUCUAUGUGUAAAAAAUACAUACCACAUUAACAAUAGUUCAUAUAUUAAAAACAAUUGCAUCAAUUACUACGCUCAUAAUAACUGUACUGGUAAUGCUACAUGCAAAAGUUCAUUCUAUAAUAAUACAAAUAAUUUUUAUUUUAAAAAAUAUAACUGUAAAAAAAUAAAAAAAGAUAUCACAUCCAGAAAUCUAAACGAUGGUAUAUAUUUUAACGCAAGUGGAUAUAAAACAAGACAGCUAUGUCAAAAGAUGCACGCAAUAAAAAUAAACAACAUGAACAUGAUAAAAGGUAUGCACACCAUGAAAAGCACCUCACCUAUCAAAAAAGAUAAUAAUAUUUCCUCAAGUGCAUUUCAGAGUCAAACGUAUAAUAAUGCUAGUUGUACUACUACAACUACUGCUACUAUUGUUAGAAAAAAAAAUAAUAUCUUUCCUCAAAUGAUUAAAGGGGAAAACAGAAAUAGUAAACAACCGUUUAAAGUAUACAGUAAUUUGAUUGAUAACCUAUCUAUAUUAGGAAGGAAAAAGACCUGCAAAAUGGGGGCCUCUAAAAAGAACAGUUACCAGAGCAAUAGAAGACAUAUCAACAGUAACAUUAAUAUUAUUAGUGAGAAUAGUAACAAUAGCAGCAAUAACAAAAGAUACAGUAGUAAUAGUUACAAUAACAAUGUUUACAGUAUCAAUAGCGACAAUAAUUUAAAGAGGAAGAAUAAUUCAAAAAAAAAAAUGUAUAAACACAAACACUGGCAAAGUGGACAUUACAAUGGCUCGCUUAAUAAACCCAAAUCAGUUACUCCUUGUUGUAAAAAAAAUUUUAUUUUAAACAGUUCAUUGAUCAAUCUGAAGAAUGAUUUAAAUAAUAACCCUCUCUCUUGUGCAAAAACCUUUAGUAUUAAUUACUCCAAAGGCAGUAGUAACAAGGCCACAAUUAUGUAUCGUAUGUUACAUAAUAUUAAUGAUACAACUAGAAGAAGUAAUAAUCAAAUAGUAACAUGUACAGGUAAGAACGAAAGAGGUAUUUUACUUAAUAAAUAUAAAAAAACAGAUCUAUCCUCUUCAUUUUUAUAUCGAAGUUUUCGUUUUUAUUAUUCGAAAAGAAAAAAAAAAAAAAACUGUUCUCUAUGUUCUUUAUCACCUGAACAUAUGAAAAAAUUGUUUUCAAAAAGUAGUUACAAGAAAAAAAUAAUUCAUCAACCUACGAUGACUAACCAAUUAAAAAACACUAGUUACUAUAUACAUUUAUUACAAAAUGGAGAAAAGGAAGCUCAAAGAAUUGUAGAUCAAGCAUAUAAGAAUAAGGAGAUCUUAAGAAAAAUAAUGUAUAAAAAUGUAGAAGAAGAAAUAGAAAAAUUUAAACUAAAAGAAAGAUUAAUUUAUGAGCAAAAUUGCAAAAAAAUGGAACAAGAAAUAAAAAAUUCUGAACAGGAAAUGCAAAAAGAGAUAAAAAUUAUUAUUUCUGAAACGAAAAAUAUUUUUUUAAAAAUUGAUGAAAUAGUUAAUUAUAUUAUAAACAAAAUUGUUAAUGUUGAUUUAACACUUAGUUGUAAUUUAUUAAAACAUUAUUUUCCAAUGAAGGACCUUCUAAAUAUUUAUUUAUCAAUUGAAAAAGACGAAAAUGAAAAACGUAACAUGACAAAAAAAGACACGAUAAUAACUGACGACCAAGGAAAUUCCUCAAUUCUUCAUUACAAUCAGUACAAGGGUGCAUACACAAUUGUGAAAUUUGGCUCCUUUUGGACUAAUAUAAGACAUAGCAAGUGA